CAGCACCUGGGUCGCCUGUGCUCAUAAUUCUGACGCGACACCGACUUCUGGGCGUUGUUGUUUUCAUUGCAGUUCUCCGAGAUUUCCACUGCACACCCUGCUGCUCGCUCUCUAGUCCCGGGACAAGUAGGCGCGGUUUUCUCGGAGAAAUCCACGUCACCCGCGCAGGCGCAGACUCUGGGCGGAGGGAAGGGGUUUGCGCUCGGCCCGCGGUAAACAAGCACUGCGCAGGCGCCGUGGGCCAAGGUUUUUGUUUUGUUCUUUUGUUUUGUAUAGUAAAAAAGGGCGAACGCCGAAGCAAACCUAGAGUCUUAGGACGAUCGAUUAUCUGGCUUCUGCUACUCUCACUCUGUUUCUGAGGCACCAGCUGCGCGACCACGGCAGCCACAACUCCUCCACAGAACUGUCGGCCUUGAGCUCUUUCGCUUACUGUCUACACUGAGGCUGAGAGGAAAAGACAAAAAAAGAAGAGAAAAAAAGAAAAAAAGACUUAAAGGAGAGGUGGGGGGCACGGUCCCCACGACGCCACCUAAAAACCUCAGCGCUGGUCUUUCCCCAGACAACGCGAGAUCCAGUGCCAGGACGUGACUCCACCCCCGCCCCGCCCGUGGCUGUGUGCGCAUGCGUCGGGCUUUUUGGCGCGCAAACCUUUCAAAACUUCCUGCUCGCCCCCCUCCCUCCCAGGGAUGUCUGUCGGGUUGGAACCGGGGACUGACGCCCACAGCAUCACGUCCUUAGGGAUUUUUCGGUCGAAAUUCCACUUGAAUGUAACUUGUCCCCCCUUUUUCCUCUUCGUAUGUGGGUCAUGAGGUUUCAUCAAAGAAUCAGAGUGGGAGAGAGCCCAUCACGGUUUUUUAAAAAAAUGUUGAGUUUUAGCUCUGUGGAACGCUAACUCUGCGAGCGGCAUAAGCGGGGGACGUGGAACACCUGCACAAACUGGAUUUUUUGCCCUGUAACGUCUCACAGGACCUCGAACAAGUACCGAAACGUGUGAUGCUCAAGUCCCCUGCAUGAUAAGAUAUCUCUGCAGUAUGCUAUUAGGAGUUGAAUGACUGGCUUCCAGAAGGCAGAUACCUGGUCUCAAUGAGAAAUGCCUUUUCUGUGUUCUUCCCACUACCCUGUGGACGCAGUCUGCACAUGCUCUACAGAGCUGGAAGCGGGCUGAGGGCUGAGGGAAGGGAGCAGAGGGGAGAGAUGAAUGUGUUCCGAAGGCUUCCUGGUGGCUCCGGGCAUCCGCCAAAGUCCUGCCUGCGAGCUGUUCCUGACCAAGAAGACCCACGGCGCCUGUCUCUGAAAUCAAGUCCCGAUGAAGAACUAAGAGGAAAAGAGUGACUAUGGUUUCUGCUCACAGAAUGGAUCCCGACCAGCCACCUGUGGUGACUGCUACCCCGCUGGCGCCCCUUCAGAACCACAGCUGCGAGGAAGCAGCUGAGGCCCUGCUGCCCCAUGGCCUGACGGACCUGCACGAGGAUCACAGCUGGAUGAGCAACAGGACAGACCUUCAGUUCGAGCUGCACCCGGGCGAGGUGGCCACAGCCAGCAUUUUCUUUGGUGCUCUGUGGUUGUUUUCUAUCUUUGGCAAUUCCCUGGUGUGUCUAGUCAUCCACCGGAGCCGGAGGACUCAGUCCACCACCAACUACUUUGUGGUCUCCAUGGCGUGUGCUGACCUCCUCAUCAGUGUGGCCAGCACGCCGUUUGUCCUGCUGCAGUUCACCACCGGCAGGUGGACCCUCGGGAGCGCCAUGUGCAAGGUGGUCCGCUAUUUCCAGUAUCUCACGCCAGGCGUGCAGAUCUACGUGCUCCUCUCCAUCUGCAUAGACCGCUUCUACACCAUCGUCUACCCGCUGAGCUUCAAGGUGUCCAGGGAAAAGGCCAAGAAAAUGAUCGCAGCCUCCUGGGUCUUGGAUGCCGCCUUUGUGACGCCUGUCUUCUUUUUCUAUGGCUCCAGCUGGGAUAGCCACUGUAACUACUUCCUCCCUUCGACCUGGGAGGGGACUGCCUAUACUGUUAUCCACUUCUUGGUGGGCUUCGUGAUUCCCUCCAUCCUCAUAAUCCUAUUUUACCAGAGGGUAGUAAAGUAUAUCUGGAGAAUAGGCACCGACGGGCGGACCCUGAGGAGGACGAUGAACAUUGUCCCCAGGACAAAGGUGAAAACGGUUAAGAUGUUUCUCCUGCUGAACCUGGUGUUCCUGCUCUCCUGGCUGCCUUUCCACGUGGUUCAGCUCUGGCAUCCCCACGAGCAGGACUACAGGAAGAGCUCGCUGGUCUUCACGGCAGUCACGUGGGUGUCUUUCAGCUCUUCAGCCUCCAAACCCACUCUGUACUCUAUUUAUAAUGCCAAUUUUCGGAGGGGGAUGAAAGAGACCUUCUGCAUGUCCUCGAUGAAAUGCUACCGCAGCAAUGCCUACACCAUCACCACCAGUUCAAGGAUGGCCAAAAGAAACUAUGUGGGCAUUUCGGAAAUCCCUCCCGUGAGCAGGACGAUAACCAAAGACUCCAUCUAUGACUCGUUUGACCGUGAGGCCAGGGAGAAGAAGCUGGCCUGGCCCAUCAACUCAAACCCACCAAACACUUUUGUCUGAUUUCUAAAAGUCUUUCACUGUUAUGUGCCAGAGAUUAAAAAGCUUUAACUACAAAGAGAGAAUUG